GUCAAUGUCAUGCUUCGUUUUUAUACAGUAAAUACAGACCGCGAAUAUCAAUAGGUUUACUAAAGUAAAAAGUGAAAUAAAAAAAUAAUUUCACCUCUAAAAUUACCGGUCUAGUUCUCAAACCUUUCAAUUUAAUAAUUUAUUAAAUCAGACGUCCAAAUUCAUACAUUUCACUCCUUUACCAAUCACAAUAUGGACGAAGUUUUAGAAAAAUUAGAAUCCACAAUUAUUACUCCGGAACAAGAAACCAACGAUUACCAGGCACUAUACAAGAAUUGGGGCAGAUUGGGAAAUCAGGAGGAGAGGCGUAAGGAGCUACUAGAACAACAAAAAACUAAUCGCAAUGACAAAAUUGAUGCAUUUAGAGGAAUACUGGAACUUGUUAAUGUGGUAGAGGAGAGAAACAUUUUCAAGCCUUACAAUCGGGUACAUUACCGGCCAAGCAUAUAUGUUGCUGGCUUCAACAAAACCUCUGUCACAUACAGCAAUGUUCUAAUGUUGUCUGAGUGGAUGAUAGAGAAGCCGGCCGAUUUCAGUGAGAAUUGGAUGGUGGUGCCGUGCCCUAAAGGUGUUCGAAUGCUUAUUGUGGCUAAUCAGGGAAAAACCAGAGCAUACACAAAAUAUGGGCAUUUCAAGAUGGAGUUCCGCUCCGCUCUCCCCGGCGGCAACGCCAGUGAAUACUCCAGAAGUCGCUGCUGCGUGCUGGACUGCUUCUACGCUGAGAAAAAGAAAAUUAUGUACAUAUUAGACAUAUUGGCGUGGAACAACCAGCCCAUGACUGAUGGAGAGUUGGAGUUCAGACAGUACUGGAUCAAAUCUCAACUAUUGGAACUGCCCCAGCUGACCACUGUAAGCAAGAAGAACCAAAUAGUCUUCCAAUUGCUACCAAUGGUGCCCUGUACUCCAGACUCAUUUAAUAAAUUCAUGAUGACAUAUCCACCAUUUGAAGACAACAACCCUACGUUGGAUGGCUUGCUGUUCUACCACAAGAAGGCGCACUAUGUUUCAGGGGAGACGCCUCUAGUAGGGUGGCUGUUCCCUUAUAUGGUGCCAGAGGUGCUAGGUUCUGAAGUAACAGUACACUCUCAGUUCCUGAGCGCAAAACCGGAGGCUUACGUAAACCAAGCCCAGUUUAUACAAGCGUUUGAGGCCAAGAUGGACAAGAAGAAGAACCGCGGCAGAAGGUCUAGUAGCUCGAUGGAUACCAGUGGUAGCACAGAGAGUAAUCCCAAAGAAAAUACACUACACAGUACUCAAGCUGAAAUAGGACCUAAAGAAACUGAAGAAAUGGAAGCUGAAGAAAAACCAGUUGCGAUCAUAGACAAUAAUUCAGAAGUUAUGGAUGCAGAGGAAAAAUCCAGUUCUGUCACAGACAAUAUAGACCUUGAUUCUAAUCUUAUAGUAGAUGAAAAACAAAAGAUAAGCGUGUAAUGCGUGAAUUUACUAAAUUAUUACGAUUUUCUACAUCUACAUGUGGCGUUUUAAGGGCGAGGUAUGUACCUUAUGGUACGGGUUUGGCGGUUGGCGUUUACGUCUUGUGGCUGCAUUAGUAUUGGACCGACAUUAUAAUAUGGUUCUUUACCUGUGAAACGUCACCAAUUUGCUAAAUAUACAACAUUAUAGCGUAAUUCACAUUCUGUACUUUAUUCUCAAAGUAUAAAUACAUUUCUGACUGAUCCGAAUCUUAAAUAGGUAUAUUAGAAAAGAUUACACAGAUUUUGUUAAACGUUUGGAUGUUUUUUGUUCCGUAAAAUAUGUUAAGCACUUUAAUAUGGAGUUCCUUUAUUUAUUGUGUUUUUAAUGGCUGUUUUGCCCGUUGUAACCACUUAAAUUUGUGAUGAUAGGUAAGCUAUGAAACGUUUAGUUUACUAUAAACUCCACUGAUGUUGCUUAUGUCCAUGGGCGGCGAUGACUGCUUUCCAUCAGGCGGCUCGUCUGCUCGUUUGCUGCCUAUUUCAUAAAAAAAACUACCUGUUGUUAUUUUAAAUUAUAUUCCUCAAGAAAUCAAUAAAAUUGAUUGAAUUUAUGGCAUUCUCAUGUAUUUCGAAUUUAUCUUAAACAUGAUAGAUAUAAUUCCUAUCCUUAUCUUAUCCUAUCAUUACCAUCCAAAAGAAAAGGAUAAAUAUUGUUUUUAAUGUUAUUUAUUGACACAUUGGGUUUGCCAGAAUAUAGCGACGAGGUUAGGUAUGAGAUCACUUGGGUCUUUCAAAUCAGUUAAUUUAGCGAUUCGCUCAAAAAUCAAAUACCUAUUUACCUUUGGCUUAUGUACAGAUAUAGUGCGAAAAGAGUUGCCUUCGUAUUGUUACGGAAACGUACGAACGUGUCAUGCUGUUUCAGUCAGUCUCAGUACAAGAUGUACUGACAUUGACUGAACUAGCAUGACAAAUACGAACGUUUCCGAAGGAAACCCUUUCCGCACUGCAUCUGUACAUGUAUAGACUGUGUUUUGAAUUUAUUUGUCGAUAUAUUGCUCUUAUUGUAAACAUAGCGAUAUUAAACUCUGAAUAUUGAAGAAUAAUGUUAAAUUGAUGUAAUAAUAUAUACUGAAAAAAAAUUUCAAAGUACCUCGCUAUGACCUUGGCCCUGAGUGACAAAAAAAAUCCGGUAUUAUACUUAUAACUCGAGUGUUUAGAAUUUUCCUAUGUCUCACAUGUAAUCAAUAGAACCAUUACCCAAUUUCUUAAAUAAAAAUUGUAAAAAAUA